UUGACAAUUAUGUAAUUAUGACUUGUCCAUUAUCUUUCGUCCCGUGGGAAGAGGACACCCUCCUAUGGCAAACAUGUUAUCAGCUACCAUUUUAUGAUGACCAAGAGAGAAAUAUGUUUGAAAACAUCGUGUAUACGACCCCUGACAUCCCCGAUUGGCUGGGAACUGAGGCCAGAGAUUGUCUUUUAAAGCUUCUCCGAAAAUGCCCAGCUGUUAGGCUUGGUGUUUACAAUUACCAUUUGCAUCCGUUCUUCAGCGGAAAAGAACCCUUAGCAAUCACAUGUGGUUCAUCGGCGCCAAAUGCGACAGCAGAGAAUGAGAUUAACCCUAUGUCUGGAUUUUUCUUUCUUGUCAGACGAAGAAAAUGUCUUCCUGGCGAUAUUCAACUGCAACUAAAUAAAAUAUAUUUUGGAUCGAUCUGA